AUGGCUUCCCGUCCUCAGAACAUUGGCAUCAAGGCCAUUGAAAUUUACUCUCCCAGCCAAUAUGUCGAACAAUCUGAACUCGAGAAGUUUGACGGUGUUAGCACCGGCAAAUACACAAUUGGUCUUGGUCAGACCAAGAUGACCUUCUGCGAUGACCGAGAGGAUAUCUACUCGAUCACCUUGACUGCCACUUCCAAACUGCUCAAGAACUACAACAUCGACCCCAACAGCAUUGGUCGUCUUGAGGUUGGUACCGAGACCAUCCUCGACAAGUCUAAGUCUGUCAAGACUGUCUUGAUGCAAUUGUUCGGCGAGAACACCAAUAUCGAAGGUGUCGACACUGUAAAUGCCUGCUACGGUGGUACCAAUGCUCUAUUCAACGCCCUCAACUGGGUCGAGUCCUCGGCUUGGGACGGCAGAGACGCCAUCGUCAUCGCUGGAGACAUUGCCCUCUACGCCAAGGGCAACGCCAGACCUACUGGUGGUGCCGGGUGUGUUGCGAUGCUAGUUGGUCCUAAUGCCCCCAUAGUCGUCGAGCCAGGCAUGCGCGGAACCUAUAUGCAGCAUGUCUACGAUUUUUACAAGCCCGAUUUGACCAGCGAGUACCCGUACGUUGACGGCCAUUACUCGGUCAACUGCUAUAUGGAAGCUCUCGAUGCUGCCUACCGUGCCUACUGCAAGCGUGAGACACUCCUACAAAACGGCCAUGCAAAUGGGAACGGAGCUACCGAGGCCAAGACGGGCCUUGACCGCUUCGAUUAUCUAGCCUUCCACUCCCCUACCUGCAAGGUGGUCCAAAAGUCGUACGCACGCCUCUUGUACCAUGACUACCUCGCCAACCCCGACAGCCCGGCUUUCGCAGAGGUUCCUGGUGAUAUUCGGGACAUGGACUACCAGAAGUCGCUGUCCGACAAGGUAGUGGAGAAGACGUUCUUGGCUCUCACUAAGAAGCGCUACAUCGAGCGCGUUCAGCCAGCUAUCCAGGUCGCUACCAACAUCGGCAACAUGUAUUGCGCCAGCUUAUACGGUGGCCUGGCUAGCAUAAUCUCCUACAUCGACAGCGCUACCCUCCAGGGAAAGCGUAUCGGCCUAUUCAGCUACGGAUCCGGUUUGGCAUCGAGUUUCCUCUCGAUUCGCGUCAACGGCAGCACGGAAGCGAUUUCCAAGGUGUUGGAUAUCCCCAACAGGCUGGCUUCCAGACGAGCAGUCUCCCCCGAGACAUACGAAGCUUUCUGCGAGCUGCGCCAUAAGGCUCACCUUCAGAAGGACUAUACUCCCCAAGGCGAUAUAUCCACUCUCGCCAGUGGCACUUAUUACUUGGAGAAGGUUGAUGACAUGUUUAAGCGAACUUACUCCGUCAAGGCAUAA